AACUCAGCUAAAUAUAGAAGAAAAUAUAAAUUCUGUUGAGAUAAAGUAUAUAGUUAGCGAAAUGUGUCCACCUAUAAAAAUUCAUAAUGAUGUUGGGGUAAAGGUUUUUCUAGAUCAGAUAAGGGUGAAUUUGGAUUUUUUUACAAAAUAUCCAUUAUGCAUCACUUUGAAAGAUUGUGAGCAGUAUAACGAAUGUCAUAGAGUUAUAGUUAAUGAUAGAAUAAAUUCUGAUGUUAGAUUAUCACAGACUAACAUAGAUCUGUACUCCAACAAUUCUAUCCGUUUGAUCGGAAUGGAUUUAGACGGAGUUGUCAAUGAUAAUAGUGAAGUAGAUAAUUAUAUAAUAUGUGAUCAUUCUAACCUAUUUGUAGUUGAUAAUCAGAUUUAUAAUAAUAAAGAAACCCUUAAGGAGGUUAUGAGGCAUGUUGGACUUGUUGAGAAGUUCAGCUUUCGGGUUGCGCGUUGUAAUGCAUCUAAUUAUCACCUGAAUUGUAUUUCUAAGACAUGUUCUUGGAUGAUGAGGGCAUCUAGUUUGAAUAAAUCGAGUUUAUUCAAAGUUAGAAAGUAUAUUACUCAGCACACAUGUUCUGUUAGAGAAAGAGUUUAUGCCAGACGUCAAGGGAUAACUGACGUUGUAGCUGUCUUGAUAAUGGAGAAGUAUAUUGAUCCAUCUAAGGUAUAUACUCCAAAAGAUGUAGCUGAUGAUAUGUUGAAAUUGCAUGGCGUUUCGUUGACAUACAUACAGGCAUGGAGAGCUAAAGAAAAAGCAGUAAAGUUGGUGCGAGGAGAUCCAGCAGAAUCUUAUGCAAGAUUACCUGGUCCAAAAUUAGGUGUCAACAGCCCUCAUCACAAAGCCCCGCUGAUUCAAAGGCGUAUUCAGAUUUUUGAGAUGAGGGAGGUUAUUAGUGGAAUUGGCAAGACGUAA